GGCCUUCAGAAAUUGGAGUUUAAGAAAGUCAUACCAAGAAAUUACCAGACUAGAAGCAAAAGCACAUAGUAGUAAAAGAAGAAAAACUAAUAUGGCAAAAGAAUUUGUUAAGAAGACUAUAGAAACAGUUGAACAG